UUUUACAAGUUUAGAAAAGCACCAAAUUUGCUGAUUGUAGUAAAGUUUAUGACCUUAAUCGAGGAUGAACAGAGGCAAAAAUGCCGCGAUAUGAAAAACACGGUUUCUGUUGCAGUAAGAAUUCGUCCACAAAAUGCAAGAGAAAGGGCCGCAGAGGAGAAGAUUUGUAUUUUUAUCUCACAGGAUGAGCCACAGAUUACUAUAGGACGAGAUAAAUCCUUCACUUAUGACUUUGUUUUCUCUGACCAGUCAACCCAAGAAGGUGUUUACAAUCAAUGCAUUCAUAAUUUACUAGUUGGUGCUUUUGAUGGUUAUAAUGCGACUGUUUUGGCUUAUGGCCAGACGGGAAGCGGCAAAACCUACACAAUGGGAACUUGUUUUGAUGUGAAUCAAUUCAAUUUGGAUACAAACUUAACUGCCGGAAUCAUCCCUCGAGCAGCUAGACACCUUUUUGAAGGUAUUGAAGAAAGAAGGCUUGAGGCUAAAACGAAUGGUGCUGUCGAGCCAACUUUUGAAUUAAAUGUCCAGUUUAUUGAGCUUUAUAACGAAGAAAUAGUUGAUUUACUGUCCGAAGACCGUUCUCGCAGCACAGUCAUUAGAAUUCAAGAAGAUCCCGUUCGUAAUGAAAUUGGGCUUAAGGGAGCUACUUGGCAGUCUGCGAAGAGCGCUUUGGAUAUAAUGUCAGCAUUAAAAGCUGGGGCUUUGAAUAGAACCACAGCUGCGACGAAUAUGAAUCAACAGUCGAGCAGAUCCCAUGCGAUAUUUACUAUUAGAUUGAAACAAACUAGGGUGGUACCAAUGGAAGAAAACGAGGACGAUUCUCCCAAACAAAAAACCGAACUAGAAGUAUUGCAUGCAAAGUUUCACUUUGUUGACCUUGCUGGUUCCGAACGGUUAAAGAGAACUGGUGCAACAGGGGACCGUGCUAAAGAAGGGAUUAGCAUCAAUUCUGGAUUGCUUGCUCUCGGGAACGUAAUCUCAGCUUUGGGCAGUGGAAAAGUCACUCACGUUCCUUAUCGUGAUUCUAAACUCACCCGGUUGUUGCAAGACUCGCUUGGAGGAAACAGUCGAACGCUAAUGAUUGCUUGUGCUAGUCCUUGUGAUGUUGACUUCAUUGAGACUUUGAAUACUCUAAAUUAUGCUAAUCGGGCCAAAAAUAUUAAAAAUAAGAUUGUCGCUAAUCAGGACAAGUCUUCCAAAUUAAUAACUGAUCUCCGUACUCGUAUAUCUAUUCUUGAAUCUCAACUAUUGGAAUAUCAACAGGGCAAACGUUUAUUAAAUGAAGACGGGGAGGAGUUGCUAAAUGAUCAAUACACAGAGAAUCUCUAUUUAAAGAAUGAAAACACUCGCUUGUCAACUCGCCUAAAGGCCUUGGACGAAAAAAACAAUAUUUUAAAUUCUAGAAUUAUUGAGCUGACAAAAGAGCGUGAAUUGAGUAAAUUUAGAGGAGCGCUAGAAAAUAAGGAAAAUGAUGGAUCAAGUUCUAACGAGGAAAAUCAGUUAUCUUCUAUAAUUCAAGGAUAUUUGCAAGAGAUUGAGACGUUAAAGUCCAAUAUAAUCGAAUAUGAGGUGACUAAUGAAACGCUUCGUAAACAAAAUCAACGCUUUCGGGAUGGGAUGAAUAGCAGCCUGUAUGGCUCUCCCUAUGUUCAUCAGCCACAAUCGUCUAACCUUACUGAGAGUUUGAUAAAUCAGGCGAGGGAAGAAAUUGAGAUGGAUAAAAAGGCGUUGAAUGAAGCUGAAGCUAAAAGCCUUAACCAAGUCGAUAAAGAACAAAAUUUUCUGGAGGCUGUUUACGAAGAAGAGAAUACCGAUGAUGAAGAGGAGGAUGAAGAUGGGGAGACUGAUCCAGCAGAACAGAGGAGUUUAGAACGUCGUGACCAAAUUCACUCCGAUUUGGCCAAACUCCAUGAGGAUAUAAGUAUAAAAGAACGCCUUGUGGUCGAGUUGGAAAUGAGUCAGCGCAGAUUGGAACAGUUACGACGUGAUUUUGAAAAUAAAAUGGAGGAGCUUUGUAAGAGGAUUCAAUCUACUGAGGCUGAGCGUGACAACGUUCUUGAGCAGAUGACGGCGAAGAAACAGACCAAACAGCAGAAGGAGGAGAUUAACAAGGUUAAGGAGCAAUACGAAAAGCGUCUCUCUGACAUGCGCCUUGAACAUAAAAGAAUAGAAGUGGCUGAGCUUGAAAAUAAAAAGAUGCAGGCGCAACAAAAUAGGCAUCAAAUGGAAGUUGUUCGAAUGAAAAACGAUUUGGAAAACAUGAAAAGACAAAAGGUUGAAUUGAUGAAGAGGUUGAAAGAGGAGAACAAAAGGAUUCGUGAAAUACAAGUUGCUAAUGCGCAGAAAGUUGCUACGUAUGAAAAGACUCAAAGACAGCAACAAAAUAAAAUACAAAAGUUGGAAAGGGAAUCUGCACUCAAGUCGGAAAAUUUGAGACGAAAGGCGGAGGAGGUUCAGCGUCUGAAGGAUUCUCAAAAGGCUCUUCAAGCUCGUCGCCAGACUAUUUAUGAGAGCAAACGAGCAGCUAGAUCACCCAACACUCCUCAACAAGUUCAACUCCCUUCAAGUUCUGAUAUGGAUACAACAUACAUCGUCGAGAAUGAACCUUCUGUGAUUAACGAGAAUCUUUGCUAUACUCCAACAACAAAUUAUGUCAGAACGCCAAAGUAUAAACAGACCCCUAUACGAACCAAACGUCAAUGGAAUGCUAUUGAACGGGCGGUGGGACUGACUGAAAUUUCAGAAUUUAGAGAUCUUCUCUUUAAGAUUGAAGGCUUUACUGUCAAAAGAAAUGCAAUUGUACGCGAAGAGCACGCUCUGGAUCGUAUGUGCAGUGAACGUAGAAACCUCCAAGAUGAACUUUUACGUCUUCAAAGCAAUUAUUCUUCAAUAACGGAUCCUUCUAUUCGCUGUUUAGUGUUAGAACAGCAAUCAAGUAUUCAGCAAAAACUUGAUUAUGUGCAAGAAGAAAUUUUAAGAGCUCAAAAGGCAAUUGUGGAUUUGGAUGAUGAGCAGAUUUGUCUUGAGCCUUCAUCACGUCGAGCUUCUGCUCAAGCCUUUCCUGCUGCCUAUGAAGGUGUAAAGGAUCUAGAUUCUUUAAUGUUCCAAUUCUCCCGACAAUUUUCUAUCCCUCAAGAGAUGCUCUAUAUUCUUCGCAAUUUGAUUGAUUUGACAAUUCAAAAGGGAGCGGAUAAUACAAGACUUGAAUCGGAAAAUAAAGAAUUAACGGCACUUCUUGGUAUUGAAUCAAAUGAAGAUAUGAGGGAGGUUGUUGAGUCGGCUAAACUAAAUUUUCAGUUGCGUAUGAAUCAGGAGCAUGACACAACGUUUAUGAACGUUCCAGAAAAUGACUAUAGACCGACCACUCUAUCAAAUAAUAACACGAAUCAGUUAUCUCUAUUUGAUGAUAUUUUACCUGUUCCUAUCUGUAAAGGUGAUGAACCUUCCCCAGAAAAACUAUCAUCCGAAGCAACCUGUUCCACCUCAGAUUCUGCUUUGGUUAUGUCAUCUAAUAGUCAUAAUGAAUUAGGGAAAGAUGAAAGUGACCUUCCAGAUUAUAGUAGGAAUGAUUGUUUAACUGAUAGAAGCGACCUUACGGAGCCUAAUGUUUCAAAGGCUGGUAAAAGGCACCUAAAGAAGGCUCCAGAAUUUGUUCCAGUCGAGGACAAGCUCUUCUAUAAAUUUAUCGAUCUUCAAAGAAUUUAUCGAGUUUAUGGACAUCAAAAGGGUGUUCUCUGUCUUCACUCUAACGAAACUAAGAUGAUUAGCGGAUCAAAAGACAGAAAUGCUCUUGUUUGGGACUUGGAAACUGGCUCUAAUAUAGCUACACUUGGAAGCCAUCCAAACAUAGUUUAUUCGGUCAGAUUGCUACCAGAUCAACAGAAUAUGGCUCUUUCUUCUUCUAUGAAUAUUGUUAAGCUCUGGGAUUUACGUUCACCACCUACAGAACGUUGUAUUCGCCAUCUAAGCUCAAUGGGUUUGGUCAGUCAAGGAGAGAAUGGACAUUGUGAACGUAUUCGCCAGUUACCUCCAACAGAGACCGACAUUUACCAAAUGGAAGUUUGUUCAAAUUCUGGGGCAAAUUUUCUAUUUACGACGAGCGCUGCGGGAGUGCGCAUUUGGGACUUGGAAAAGAUUGAGCAUUUGGGGAUCGGUGAUGUCCGUAUGUUGGCAGUUUCUCAAGUGUUUGACUCGUCUAGUCAAAAUUCGGAUAUGUCUGUUCGCAUUGCAACGGCAACUAAAAAAUGCGCUUCUCUCUACGAUGAAGUUAAAAUUCAAAAGCCUUUCAUUCCCUCACGUUGGGUUAAUUUGGAACCAGGACAUACAAAAACAUUAACUUCACUAUGCUUUUCACAAAAUGCUUUAUUUACUGCUUCAAAAGACCAGGCACUCAGUAUCAUGCGAUAUUCACUGCUUGACUCAAAGAGAGACCAUGUGGAGCAAAAUGCCCAUAAUGAUGUUCGUUUUCUUUUUUCAAGGAAUAUAAAAAAUUUUCAGGCAGUCACUGUCUUAGAGGCAUUAUCUCCACAACGAAUUAUUUCAGGCUCUCGUGGCGGAGAUAUAAGAAUCUGGGAUGUUGGUAGUUCAAACAGAAUGGUUUCGAUAGAAACGCGUCAGCAAGCUCAUGACGGUCCAAUUAGUGCUAUAGCUACAAACACUAGAGUAAAUUCGAACUGGCCGUUGGUAUUUAGCGCUUCAUCGGAUGAUCCCGAGGAUGCAAUAACUAUUUGGAGAUUACUGGAAGAAAAGCUUUGAUAGAAAAAUUACUUUUUUGAAAGUUCAUGUAUUUAAUGUGAGGUUGGACCCCGACCUCUUUCUAACCCAGAACCCAUUGUUUUAAUUUGGCUGGAAAAUUUUGAAAAUCCUGCAAACUCAUUUUCUCGGAUAAUUUGCGGUGUUGAUCACGAAUCUGAUUAAAUUUUAGAUAAAUUGUGAGUUCAGAUUCGUGAUUACUGUUAGAAAAUACAUUAGAAAGGUGUUUGCAGGAUUUUGAAAUUUUUUUUGGUAGGGACAACAAUUCUGAGGGAGCCCAAAACGCCGAUCGUUUUUAAUACUACCCCAAACAUUUAUAAUCCUGACAAAUGCCAAGCCCGGAUUUUUUAACCUCGGAGAGUCGGGGGUCUAACUCUAUUCUAUUGUUUUAUAGACAGCAAUAUUCACUUCAAAUUUCCUUCUCAUCAUAUCUCUAUAAUUUUACUUUCAAUUCAAUUUCACUUAAAAACCUUGUGCUAUGUUGUAUCUCUUUAAAUAUCGGUCAGACCUCACUUAUGUAUAUAGAGUUUAAAUUCCAAAUUGCCUCUGGUCACGGUAUCCUGAUUUAUUCUUUCGAACUCAUUUACGGAUUUCAUUCUGGAACCCCCUCAAAACUCGGAUUUUAUCGAAAAUGGUUUCCUGUCUAUCCGGGAAAACCCUGUUUCCUUAGCUAUCUUCAAAAUGACCCUUGUUGGAUCUUACGGUUAAUUUUAUCAAAAUACC